AUGCUUGAUCGUGCAUUCCCUUCACCACAAACUGUGUUGCUUCCCAUGGACAUCAGCAAUGACCAUGACUACCUGCACCUACUACCUGAGGACCAAGGAGGAGGAGGAGGAGGAGGUGGUGGUGGCGGUGGCGGUGGUGGUGAAGAAGUCUUUGCCGUUGGGCUGCUGCGCCAUGUUCUCCGCUACAGCUUCGAGGGCAUACAACAGCUUGGCGCCGCCAUGGCUGACAUCGUCCCGUCCACCACCGUCAUAGAUGCUCCGGACGAGUUGGAGUUUGCAGCUGGCGGAGACGACCCAGAGUUUGUGGCGGCACAAGAAGAAGAAGAAGAAGAAGAAGAAGAAGAAGAAGAAGAAGAAGAAGAAGAAGAAGAAGACCACGACGACGACAACGAUGAAGAAGAAGCCUUCGCGGUUGCACUGCUGCGCGAGGUUCUCCUCUGUGGCAUUGUGGCGAUACAAAAGUUCGGCACUGCCAUUGUGGCCAACACAGCCGACAUCAUCUUGAGCAUGGCCGGCGGUGACGAAAAGGAGGAUGAUGAAGAGGUAGAAGAGGAGGACUCAGAAGACUAUGAUGCUGAGGAGGAAGAGGAGAGUGAUGAAGAGGAUGAAGAAGAGGAGGAUGAAGAGGACGAAGAAGACGAGGAUGAGGAGGACCAAGAAGAAGCCGUGCUGCGCCUGCGCGAAGUUCUCCGCUACCACUUCGCGGCACAACUGGCAGCGCUGGAGACGGUGGAGGCACCGUUCGACAGCAGCGAUUGCCCGAUCUGUCUGGACGAUGCCAUGGUGGGCGGGGUGUGGAAAGAGACGCCCUGUGGACACAGCUUCCACGGGUGGUGCCUGGAGACGUGGCUGCAGGCGAACCGGAGCUGCCCCAUGUGCCGCGCCAGGUGCUGAUGAUGCGUUGCGUACCGUGAUUUCAUGUGGUUUCUGGAGGACGUAGCUGCUCUAAUUUGCGAAUCAUCAGUUAUGCAAAUGGGUCCUAAGGAUGUUGAGAAAUGUAAUUGUAGAAGUACGCUUAUUCACGUGUUUACAUAUAUGUUGUUGUUCAUGUCAUGUUCUCUCUUAUGUUUCUCUCUGUAAUUGGUAGUAGUUGUAGAUGUUGCAGCUGUUGUACGUUUACAUAUCUU